AUGGACUCACCAAUUGAUAAAACCACAAGCCCUAAGAAAUCCCAAGAGGCUGGGACUAGCUCAAAUGUCCCUAAAAUUACUCUUGUCAUUCCAUUAAGCAUGAUAGCCCCACUUAAAGAGCUUCAAGGUGCCCCAGUUGUAGAAUCAAAUCCUGAGCGUAACCCUAAAGCAGCUCCUGCACAAACUGAGGAGGUUGAAGCCAGUGCUCCCCCAAAGAAAACCAAGAGGAAGAGGGAGCCGAAGAAGGUGAUAGCUGUAGUGUUUGAUGAGUCAGAGGAGGAAGCCUUUGCCCUAAAAACUACCAAAAAACUCACCCCCAAGAAGAGGAAAUCCAAGAAGUAUGAGGAGGCCAAAGUUUCUAUUAAGGAAGCACCUGUUCAACAAGCCCCUGUUGAGGUUGAAAAGGAAGAAGUUGCAGAGAAGGCAGUUGAGGAGCCUAAAGAAAAGGCCGAAGAAACACUAAAGAAGAAGUAG